UCAACAGCCUCUAUCUGGAGGUUGUCCAACCCGAUGCCAAAGGACGUAUAUACGGCGUCGGUGCAAUGGCGACUCAGUUGGGUGGUGGUCAUCCGGAUGCAACAUCGAUCGGUCACCACGUCUCACUCACUAAGGAGGUCGAGCUGUUGAAGAAAAAGAUUCAAGAGUUCGAGGACGAUCGCAGGAAGAUUGCUAGACUUGAAGAAGCUGAGGCACGGAUUGCGCGUUACGAGACACUUUUCGCCCGGCUAUUUUCUCCUCGAGACGACCCACCAACGGCGCAAGAGAUGCCGUUCAACCCAUUUCUGACUCCUCAGUCCGGAGUCGGACCUUCUACGACAUCGGCGGACCAAACAACCGGAUCAGACAAUCCGGAUAACUUUUUUGUUUAGUGUUUAAUUUGUUUUUACUAAAUACUUUUUAUUUAAUAAAUACUUUU